GGGGGGGAGACCGCAGAUAUUCGCAACGAUGUUCGCCACCCGCGAGGAUGUGGACGCCGCUCUUCGCGCCGAGCGCCCGCCCGACAAGAUGCCAGACCUUCCUCACUGCCUCGCCAGCGACCUCCGCGUGCCGAAAACGUUCAAGGAGGCCAUGCGGUACCAACAUUCAGAAUUGUGGAAUGAUGCAGUCGAUCGAGAGUUUUUCGACGGCUUUGAUUGUUUUGGAGAAUUGUUUGCACCCACCGUUUCAGUGUCUAGUGUGCGCUUGUUAGCAGCAUUAGCAAGUGAGCAGAAUCUUGACUUGUGCCAUUUCGAUAUUCAGCAGGCUUUUGUGCAGUCUGAGCUUGGUGAGGAUAUUCUCAUGCGCUUACCGCAGGGGUGUGGUAGGUUGUCUGGCCUGAUCGUGAAGCUGUGCAAGAGUCUGUAUGGUUUGAAGCAGGCGUCACGACAUUGGCGUGCGCACCUGACGAGAGAGCGGGCUGUUGAGGAUUCGCAGCAGAGGUUUGCCGAAGAGUUGGCUGCAGAGUACGGCGUUGAGUGGGGGAGGAGCGUGCCCUUGCCUGUGAGCGUGAAGCUCACCGACUUUGACGAGAACGAAGCGUGCGCUGAUGUCCCUUUUCGCGAGUUGGUAGGAUCCCUGAUGUGGAUGGCCACUCAAACAAGGCCGGACAUCGCGAACGCAGUACGAGCAGUAGCGCGGUAUUGUGCAUCUCCCAAAAUGGUGCACUGGAAGGCAACACUCGGUGUUUUAGGGUACGUAUGGACGACGAGUUGGAUGGGGAUUACAUUUGAGAGGGGAGUGGUGACUAGGAUGAGAAUGCAGGUGUUUGUGAAUGCCGACUAUGCAAGCAAGGCGACAGACCGUAGAUCGGUGUCAGGAGGGCUAGUGAUGUGUGGGGGAGGGUGUGUGACUUGGUUUUCGAGGACGCAGAAGUGCGUUACGCUUUCCACCACGGAAGCAGAGUAUAUGGCAAUUGCCGAUGUCUUGAAGGAAGUGUUGUUCCUGAGGCAGGUUUGGCGUUGUACGUUGCCAGAUGCAGGUAUGCCGUGCAUCCCGGUGUUCGAGGAUACUCAUGGCGCGAUUCAGAUUGCACACAAUCCGAUCACGAACUCCAACUCGAAGCACAUCGAUGUACGGCAUCACUUAAUCAGGGAGCUGGUAGAGAGGAAGGAGAUUUCAUUUACUCAUGUGCCGACGCAAUUUCAGCAUGCAGAUUUCUUGGCGAAGGCUAUUAGCAAGGAUUCUUUUGCGUUGCACCGUGACUUUGUGAUGAACUUGCAGUGA